UCUGUGUAUAUAUAUCACCUCUAUGUUUGCUUGCUUACGAAUCAAUCUUAAACCCUAGCGCCGACUCCUCAUUCUGCCCUCUCUGUCUAAAACCCUAACCAGAUUCUUGUAAAAUGGCGUGCUUCAACAAAUUCGGAUCCACACUGAGGCAAAGCAUUUCUGCGAGCAGCGCAAUGAGCGCUCAGUCUUCUAUGUUUAAUGCUAUCCGUUGCAUGUCCUCGAAGCUUUUUAUUGGAGGUCUCUCAUAUGGAACUGAUGACCGGUCUCUGAAAGAUGCUUUCACCUGCUAUGGUGAAGUUACAGAGGCAAGAGUUAUCACUGACAGAGAAACUGGGAGGUCGCGAGGAUUUGGCUUUGUGAAUUUCUCAUGUGAUGAACAUGCAUCUUCAGCACUCUCAGCCAUGGAUGGGCAGGAGUUGAAUGGUAGGAACAUCCGUGUCAGUUAUGCACAGGAAAGGGGUCCUCGCUCUGGUUUCGGUGGUAAUUAUGGUGGUGAUCGUGGAUCAAAUGAUCAGUUCUAAUUUAUAAUUCUGAGCUUGUUCUUUCACCAUCUUUAUAGGGGUGAGAAGUUCAAAAGGAUUCUGAUCGUUGCGUUGUGGCCGUAAACUUUGCUUAUCACCUUUUUCAUGGUAGUAUAGAAUCCGAAUAUUCAUGUGUAUGAUUGUUUGGGAACUUUUGGCUAUGCAUUGAGUAUUAGUAUUAUAUUGUUCAA